GUAAAGUUUCAGGCUCCCUUCCUGUUUAUUCUCGAAAGAGUUCUAGUAAAACACCAGAUCAAGCCACUGGCGAAAGGGUAUUGUAGAGUAUUUAGACAACUGAGAUGUGUAUGUGGUCAGGAAACAGGUGAAAGACUUUACCUUGUGGUGUGAGGGGAAAAAACUAAAAUCAAAAGUCAAUGGCAUUAAAUUUCCAAAAUAUAGAGCAUGUCUUGAUUGAGGAAGUGAACGAGAUACAGUAUACUCUUGAAAUUACCUAGGAGUUCACCUAAAAAGUAGAACAACAGUAUUAACAACAAUAAUAAGGUGCUAUUUCCUUUAUUUUUGCUUCCUAAGAAGACCAUCAGGUUUAAAUAAGGGGAAAUGUUAUUUUUGGUCAGACCUAGAGCUUUGUAGUGUUAGAUCCAGUUUAUUUUGUUACCAGGUACCUAACAUCCAUCCAUCCAUCUAACAAGACAGUCUCAAAACAGACACAAACUGACAAUAUGCGCGCAGGAAUGUCGUUUAUGUAAUACAUUGUUUCUCAGAGAUUAUUUUGUUUCUGAGUUGUUAUCUAUCUACACUGUAAAAGUUGAGAAAACUUAAAAGUUAAAGGCAACCAGCUGGUAGAGAUUUUUGAGUUUUUUCAACUUGUAAAUUGAACUUGUUAUACAACAACAAGUUGAGAAAACUCAAAUCUCCAGCUGGUUGCCUUCCAUCCAUCCAUCAUUACCAUUAUCUAUCUUAAUCUGUCUGUCUGCCUAUCUAGCCUAUAUUGCAAUUAAAGCAAAGCAAUUAGUAGAGCUGUAGUUGUUUAUUAUUUCAAAUGGUAGCCUGCUUAAAAUAUUACGAAUUUGAUAUCCUCUGUAACAACCUUUUUAAAAUCUAUUUAAAAAAUAAAAAUUCAAUAAAUUAUGUUUAUUUUGGUUUCUGAACUCAGUCACUUUAAAUAUUUACGCGUUUAUACCGCAUGUGUGUUUGUCACACUGUGUUUGUAACGCGUUUUUGAGCCCCUUGUUCUCCAGACAGCGAAGAUGUACUUACACGCACCUCGCUGUGGCGCUCGGUUCUGUGAGAAGUUCUCGAGCGUGCGCACAUCCACCUCCACUAACGCACAAAGCGCUUCUGCUCAGGUUACUGUAAAUGAGACCUCCAGUCUUACUACAAUUACCUGUUUAAUGGACUAAAUAGCCAGCAGGACCAGAAGCCAUAAUAUGAAGAAACGCUACAUGGAUAUAGGCAGGCUACGGAAAAUGAAAAAGAUUAAACUCACAGAGAAGAUUUCCGAAAGCGCUUAUUCUGUUCUGAAGUUCAUGAUUGUUUGGAUGCUGGUGCUGUUAGCUGACUUUGUUCUGGAGUUCAGACUGGAGUACCUGUGGCCUUGUUGGCUCUUUCUAGGGACCGUCUACACCACAUUCCACUGUCAUGGACUGGCCAUCUGUGUGGUUUUUGUGUGUGCAGCAUUUACCCUGGACUUAUUUUGUUUAAUUUUUGUACCCUUACACUGGUUGUUUUUUGCAGCCAGCACAUAUGUCUUACUCAACUAUAUGUGGCAUACAGAGAAGGGAAUCUGUAUGUCAACUGUGACAUUAUGGAUACUCUUAGUGUACAUGGAGGCCUCUCUACGGUUGAGGGACCUGAAAAGCCCUCAUGCAAAUCUGUCCCAUCUAUUUGCUGCACACUGCAUUGGUUAUCCACUAGUGUACAUGGGAUUUGAUGCAACCUGCUACUUCUCCAGCAUGUUUAAGCUGCGCGCUCAGAAAUCUGUUCAGAGUGAGAAUGACCUCCACAUGGAUCUCCUGCAACAAUCCCUACCUCCUUAUAUGCACCUGUACCCAAAAUUGUGGAUGGAAGAUCCCAAAUAUAAGGUGGCCAAAUCCAGGCCGACGCAAUACCAGUGUCCAUCCGAUGCCGUCACCUCAGAGGACAAACAAAACAUGGAAGACUGCCUUCAAAUCCACAGACUUCCUGCAAGAGCCGAAAGAGACACAAAUCCACAAACUCCAGGACCCAAGAAUCGUGGAGGUGAACUUCAUGUGGACUCUACAUCCAUGCUAGAGAUAACUGAAAACCUACCUCAGGAGGACCAGAGCAGCAAAGCUCAAAGACCCUCCAAGAGCUCCCUGCCUAAAGUGCAUCGAGGUUCAGUGAAUAUCCCUAAUAGCAAAGGGGAGAAGAGGCAGAAAGCCCCCAAAGCCAUCAACUCGAUAGGGGACUCUGCCGAAAGGUGCUCGUCGAACAUCUCACCAAGUCCUCCAAACCCACAUGCUGACCAGAUGUUGAAGCUGGAGCAAGAAAUGAGGAAGCUGAAGGGAGAGCUGCAGGCGAGCAGACAGAGUGAGCAGGAGCUGCGCAGUCACAUUUGUAAUCUCACCAACAGUGAACACAGUCUGCGCCCUGAAGUCUCUCUGCUCAGACAUGCAAAUGAACUGCUGCAGAACAAGAUUCAGUGUCUCACAAAAUCCAGACAGAAGGACAAACAAAACUGUUCCUUGCUGGAAAAGAAAAUCAGAAUGGAAACAGAGGCUCGAGUUGCAGUAGAAAAACAAAUCACAGAAGUCAGAGCCCAAAAAUUUGAUGAAGCAACGAUUUUACUCCGGAGCGCAUCACAUAGGCAAGAACACUGUGAAACUCAAAUGUUGAGGAAAAAAGCUAAAGAUCUAGACUCAGAGUACAAACAACUACAGCUGGAAUAUCAGGAGAAAGAAAAUCGAAUGAUAGCUCUAGAGAAUGAAGUGGAGACCCUCCAGAGGAACAGAUGCAGCGAGCAGGAAGCAGACGCUUUGCUCUCAGCUCUGUCCUCCUUACAAGACAAGGCUCAGCAUCUAGAGUACAACCUGAGUGCAGAAACCCGUCUCAAACUAGACCUCUUCUCUGCGCUGGGAGAUGCACGCAGACAGCUGGAGAUAGCGCAAGUUAAAAUUUUGAAACAAGACCACGAGGUUAAAGAAAUGAAGCAGAAGCUUGCUGAAGCGAUGGCCGUGGCUCCAGGUAUGUCGUACAUGACCCCGAGGUCCUCUAUGCCUCAGUAUCUAAAGUUCUUCAACUCUGAGCGCUACAUGCUGAAUCCCAGAGCACUCAUGUACCAGUGUCUUAAGAAAUAAGACCUGCGAGGACAAAUCGGAUGGCUUUUGAAGGACUGUUUUGACUCGACAUUCCAAACACGGCCGCAUCUCUGCUUAAAGGUUUGCCUGAAAACUUUGCCUUUUGACAAUGCCAACAGCCUCUGGUGAGUCUACGGCUGUAUUUACUGAUUUCAGCAGAGACACUGAUGCUGGUUAUAGUUGACCUUGCUUUGAGCCAAGAUUAAUUCCAGAUGAAAUCAAAGUUGACUGUAAAUACAUUGUUGACCAGCGGAUGACCAUCGAAUGCUGAGCAAACCGCUGCAAGCUGCAUAGACGGCAAGAUAUCAGUAUGAAAAAAAAAAGUGUGAACUUGAUGAGGAGCACAGUUCAUCAUGAGGACAGGAUAUCCUGUGUUGGGUGUAAAACGAAGAGGCUCUUCUUCAGCCAUGACAAUAACAGGCCAAUGCCUCACUUGGUCAUUCUGUGCCUCAUUAUUUAUGUGAAUUCAAUUUAUAUAACAAGCCAAUAUCAAAUGUAAGUCAGUAUGUGAAUAUUUGAGUGCUUUGUACUGUUUUGUAUUCUUUUUACAUUACACACAUUAUACAGAAUUGACCAACACCCAAAAAAAAAUGUUUGUAGGUUUUAAUGUUUUUGAAAUCGUUGCCUUUUUUAUGUAUCAAUGGGAUGUUUUUUAUGAGAAGUUUAUUUUUCUGGCUUGACAUACUUUUUUUUUUUUUUCUUCUUUUUUUUUCCCUAAACCAAAAUGAAAUAAUGGUUUAAUUUUGUAAUUCUACUUGUUGGUCUGCAUGCCAAUUUAUGUAAAAUGAUUGUUUUGGACAAAAAAAGAAAAAAGAAAAAGAUUUUGAUGUCUAAUUGUGCAUUUGUGCAAGGGCUGUUUUCUUCCAAUAAUUCUGGGAGCAGUAAUAAAGUCAUUUUCAAUGAUAAUUUUGUAUUCUUUUCCAUACGAUUUUCUGACAGAAGCCACUUAAAAAUGAAAAUUCUGUCAUUCACUCUCAAGGUUGUUCUAAACCCAUGUGAAUUUAUUCCUUCUGUGGAACACAUAAUGAAAAUUAAUGGGUUUCAGUGUUUUUGGACCCCAUUGACUUCUACUGUAUGGACAAAAACGGUUAAAACUUUCUUCAAAAUAUAUAUUGUUUGUAUUCUGCAGAAGAAAGUCAGUCAUACAAGUUUUGAAUGUCAUGAUGAAUUUUGGGUGAACUAUCCUUUUAAUAUCGUAUUCAGGAGAUGAAAUAAAAUCCUAAUAAUUCCAAAUGACACAAAAUACAAAAGACAAAGAAUGGAAGUACCCCGUCUCUCAUCUUUAUAUCAAGAAAUGGUGCAACUUUGAAAAGAGAGGUUAACAGAGUAAAAGCAGUUAUGAGUUUCUGAAUGUUCUGCGUGAGACAAAGCCUGUUGUUUCUUUCAAAACAACUACAUAGCUGGUCUGGAUUAACAAAAAAAAAAAAACAAA